AUAAAACUAACCGCUUCCUCAAAAAUGCUCUCUUUUGAUUGGUUAAUCGUGCCGAAGCGCAAUGGCGCAUUUGCCAUCCGCCAUUUUGCCAUUGAUUGGAUGGGAAAAGCUGGUGCCGGAACAUAGAAAUUAUAUCAAGCCGCAUCGCGGCUUCUCCUGUGUAAUAUUGGAAGAACCGGGCUGACUCUUCCAAGAUGUAUCUGUACAAUUUGACUCUACAAGGCUCAACAGCCAUCACACAUGCUGUACAUGGAAACUUUUCUGGGACAAAACAGCAAGAAAUCGUGAUAUCACGUGGCAAAAUCUUAGAGCUACUUCGUCCAGAUCCUAACACCGGCAAAGUGCACACCUUGAUGAAAGUGGAGAUAUUCGGGAUAAUUAGAUCUAUGAUGUCAUUUCGACUCACAGGAGGCACGAAAGAUUACAUUGUAAUUGGCUCUGAUUCUGGACGCAUUGUGAUUUUGGAGUACAUACCCAACAAAAAUAUUUUGGAAAAAGUUCAUCAAGAGACUUUUGGGAAGUCGGGAUGCAGGAGAAUUGUGCCUGGUCAAUAUUUAGCUAUAGAUCCUAAAGGAAGAGCUGUUAUGAUUGGUGCCAUAGAGAAACAGAAACUAGUAUACAUAUUAAACAGAGAUGCAGAGGCGAGAUUGACUAUUUCCUCUCCACUUGAAGCGCACAAGUCAAACACUUUAGUGUACCACAUGGUGGGAGUUGAUGUGGGAUUUGAGAACCCCAUGUUUGCCUGUUUGGAAAUAGACUAUGAGGAAGCAGAUUCUGAUCCAACAGGUGAAGCAGCACAAAAAACACAACAGACACUAACAUUUUAUGAGUUGGAUUUGGGACUGAAUCAUGUUGUCAGAAAAUAUUCUGAGCCUUUGGAAGAACACGCUAAUUUCUUAAUCACAGUCCCAGGAGGCAAUGAUGGACCAUCUGGUGUGCUAAUUUGCUCUGAAAACUACCUCACAUACAAAAAUUUGGGAGACCAACAUGACAUCCGAUGUCCUAUACCAAGGCGGAGGAAUGAUCUUGAUGACCCAGAGAGGGGAAUGAUCUUUGUAUGUUCUGCCACACACAAAACCAAGUCAAUGUUUUUCUUUUUGGCUCAAACUGAACAAGGAGACAUAUUUAAAAUUACAAUAGAGACUGAUGAGGACAUGGUGACUGAAAUUAAAUUAAAAUAUUUUGACACCGUCCCAGUUGCAACAGCCAUGUGUGUGCUUAAAACUGGGUUUUUGUUUGUGGCCUGCGAAUUUGGUAACCACUAUCUGUAUCAAAUUGCCCACUUGGGUGAUGAGGAUGAUGAGCCUGAGUUCAGUUCAGCCAUGCCUUUGGAGGAGGGUGAUACAUUCUUCUUUGCACCCAGACCUCUGAGAAAUUUAGUACUUGUUGAUGAAAUAGAUUCACUUUCCCCUGUACUAGCAUGUCAUGUGGCAGAUUUGGCCGGUGAAGAUACACCUCAAGUAUACCUAGCUUGUGGGCGUGGUUCCAGAUCGUCAAUCACGCAGCACUCAGACAUGGUUUAGAAGUGGCUGAAAUGGCUGUGUCGGAACUGCCUGGCUCACCAAAUGCUGUGUGGACAGUCCGAAGGCAUAAAGAUGAAUCUACUAUUGGCUGAUGUGAAGAUGGUUCAACAAACACAUAAGAGGAGUACGAUUCGUACAUCAUAGUAUCGUUCGUAAAUGCCACACUAGUGCUCUCUAUCGGCGAAACGGUCGAGGAAGUGACUGAUUCUGGGUUUUUGGGCACAACCCCCACAUUGAGCUGCCACGCUAUGGGGAACGACGCGCUGGUGCAAGUAUAUCCCGACGGCAUCAGACACAUUCGCGCAGACAAGCGAGUCAACGAGUGGAAAGCGCCCGGCAAGAAGUCUAUCGUCAAAUGUGCAGUCAAUCAAAGACAGGUCGUGAUUGCACUCACUGGCGGCGAACUUGUUUAUUUCGAAAUGGAUCCUACUGGUCAACUUAAUGAAUAUACUGAGAGGAAAAAACUGUCUUCAGACGUGUCGUGCAUGGCACUGGGAUCGGUAGCGAGUGGCGAACAACGAGCGUGGUUUUUGGCGUGGGCCUUAACGACAACACUGUCAGAAUUAUUUCAUUAGAUCCAUCGGAUUGUUUAUCACCUCGUUCGAUGCAAGCGUUGCCGGCCGGCGCCGAAUCUCUGUGUAUUGUGGAGCAACCAUUCGAGUCGGGAACUAAAUCUGCACUACAUUUAAAUAUUGGACUUAGUAACGGCGUAUUGUUGAGAACUACACUAGACUCUGUUAGUGGCGAUUUGGCGGACACAAGAACAAGGUAUUUGGGAUCAAGACCAGUAAAGCUAUUUAAAGUCCGUGUACAGGGGACUGAAGCUGUUCUCGCUGUCUCUUCGCGCACAUGGCUUGGAUACCACUACCAAAACCGUUUCCACCUCACGCCACUGUCUUAUGAAUGUUUAGAGUAUGCAGCUGGUUUUAGCUCAG